GAAAAAAAAGUAGGUAUGCGAAUUUUGAUUAGUUAUUUCUUGUCUUGUCUUGUAAGAGCAUAUUCAUUCCUUACUCAAAUCUUGACUCAAACUCAAAUUUGAGUAAAACUCAUUCAAAACUCUCCUCCACUCCUUACCCAAAACCUACCUUACUCAAAUUUGGUUAGACUCAAACCCUUACUAAUUUUUGAAGGCAAAUUUCACACAUUUAAAUUUACAAUAUUGUCAUUAAUAAAAUUUUUAUUCAAAUUUAUACAUAUUUGUGUUUGAAUUUGAGUUUACCCAUUGAAACAUACAAUACAAAAAUAGAGUUUUACUCACUCAAAUUUGAGUACUCUAAAAAUAAAGCAUUGAAACCCAUUUUACUAUCUUUCAAGUCAAAAGAAGUCAGUCAUCUAUGGUGAAGCUUCCUGAAAGUCUCUGAUUUGUUCGGGUGAACCUGGUCCCCCGGCCGGUCAAGUCGUUGUGUUGACCGUUGCUCUCCUACGCUUUCCGCGUCUCUGAGCAAUCUAAUCACUCAAAUCCAGAUUUUGUGUAUACCCAUUUGGGAAUUUGUUGUAAUCCAUCUUCGGUUUCUUCUUUUUCACCAGUCUAGAUUAAUUUUGAUCUCAACCUUUGUUUUGAAUACCGGUCAAAACCCUAGUCUUUUGGGUUGUUAUACUGAUGGGUUUUGCCGUAUGGACUCCAAACAUGUUGUUGGUUUGGAUUUCAGCCACAAGAAGCUUCAGUUGAGUUCAACUACACUCUGAAGGCCAUUUUGGAGGUUUUUAGUACUCACCCUAAUUUGUUUUGUUCUCAUUUGGGUUCUGCAGUUUUCAAUUAUACUGUUCAGCUGUGUGUUAUAUUUUGAUUGUUCAACUGUGAAGAGAUUUGGUUUUCUUUUGUGAAAUCUGAAGCUGUGAAUGGUAUAUUUGCAACUGCCAUGAAACGUUUUUGAUGUCUCCUGUGCUGUUGAUUUAUGGCUUUGAACAAGAAACCCCGGCUCAAAGAUGCUGCUUUUCGCCGCUGUUUGUGUGUAGUUCUGACUACUUUGUCAGGGAUUGUUCUGCUGCUUUUUCUCCUUCAAACGGAUACAGUAUUGCUAUAUCCGAAUAACAAUAGUCUGGAUUUCAAAUCGAUCCACAACUACUCCCAAUUUAGCAGAAAACUCAACCUCCCCAAGCAGAAUGAUUUGUCGAUUAUGUUGGAUAAUCGAAAUCAAUUGUCCCCAAGGAACUUGGACUUAUUCCCAAAGUUAGCCAUGAAUCAUGUAACUAUAGUUCUAUAUGUUCACAACCGCCCCGAAUAUCUCCAAGUAGUCAUCGAGAGCCUUUCUCGCGUAAACGGGAUUGGUGAAACUCUAUUGAUAGUUAGCCAUGAUGGGAACUUUGAAGAAAUGAACAAGAUUGUGGAAGGAAUAAGAUUUUGUCAAGUGAAACAAAUAUUCGCCCCUUACUCACCCCAUAUCUUUAAUAGCAGCUUUCCUGGUGUCUCACCCGCUGACUGUAAGGAUAAAGAUGACCCAAUUAAGCAGCAUUGUAAAGGGAAUCCAGAUCAAUAUGGGAACCACCGGUCGCCAAAGAUUGUGUCAUUGAAGCAUCACUGGUGGUGGAUGAUGAACACAGUGUGGGAUGGGUUGAAGGAGACAAAUCAGCACUUGGGUCAUAUUCUUUUCAUAGAGGAGGACCACUACAUUUUUCCCAAUGCUUAUAGCAACAUACAGAUGCUCAUAGAUUUGAAGCCCAUAAAGUGUCCUAAUUGUUAUGCUGCGAAUCUGGCACCAUGUGACGUGAAAUCAAGGGGAGAAGGGUGGGAAAGUUUGAUUGCUGAGAGAAUGGGCAAUGUGGGUUAUGCCUUCAAUAGGACUGUUUGGAGGAAGAUACAUAGAAAGGCGAGAGAGUUUUGUUUCUUUGAUGACUACAACUGGGAUAUAACAAUGUGGGCAACAGUUUAUCCUUCGUUUGGUGGUCCUGUUUACUCUUUAAGAGGUCCUCGAACAAGUGCCGUUCACUUUGGGAAAUGUGGUUUGCAUCAGGGCAAAGGGGAGAAAGGUUCUUGCAUUGACAAUGGUGCGGUGAACAUCAAAGUAGAAGACAUUGAUAAGGCUGGAAAUAUUAAUCCCAAUUGGGGAGUAAAUGUUCUUGAGCAUCAAGCAGGAUAUAAAGCAGGGUUUAGGGGUUGGGGAGGCUGGGGAGAUAUGAGGGACCGCGAAUUAUGUCUGGAAUUUGCUAACAUGUAUCAAUUCAGAAAAGGACCAUCUCCUUGAAGAGUUGAGUUUCUGCCGUUUUUGGAUUAGCAAUCGUUGUAACUGGUGAGGUAUGAAGUACCUUUGUUGAUUCUAAGCCACCAAUUGUUGUAUUUUUGUAGCAUGUUAGGGAUAUUCGUCAUGUUAUAUUUCACUAUGUUUCGGGAAUAAACUAGUGUUUUGAUCUCCUGUCUUAGUGGGUUGGUCAGCCUAUUGGUAUUAAAAUUUUCCAUAUUAACACUA